AUGGAGUCUUACAAGGCAGCCUUCAACUUUAGCAGCAGAUUGUAUCAGAAACUAACAACCAUGCCCUCAACAGACUCGCCGGGCAUCAUUGUAGCUCGCUUCCUCAAGGCGAAUCAUUACUAUGAGACGCUCAAGGCUUUCCUCGAGGAAGCGGGCUUGCCCGAAGAUGCUGCCAGCACCAACCCUGGGGAUUGGACCAUAGAAAAGAUACUGGAGGAGAAGCAUCAAUACGACACCAGCCUUGCCUUCGAAAGAAAGGGAGAAGAACAUUUGACUGGGUGGGCCGAGCCAGCACCGUCCAAGCCAGUGGAACCAGACGUCCAGAUCAAAUCAAACGUCCUUUGUGUGGCGAGCAGUAGAGGCAAGGACGGUCUCGAUGAAGAGCUUCUAAUCACCACCGCGGACAAGUCAUGGUCUCAAGUGUCGACGCAAGUUCCAUUCAAGCACCAAGGGUCCAUCGACAAUGCUCACGGAAGUCCAGUCUUGUCCAUCAGUACUCUCCAAGGCUACGUAUUUUCGACAUCCAUGUCAGGACAACUGAUGCUUCAUGAUGGCCAUGGCCGGCUGCUGGACAAGGUUCGAGAUCAUCUCAAAUAUGCCAUUCAAGUGACAACAGAAGUGGCGCAGAACCAGCGGUGGAUCGUAGCCACGGCGGGCUGGGAUCAGAAAGUACACUUGUAUGCUCCUGAGCAUGACCUGGUGGAGAACUUCCAGCCUGGUGAUGCAAUCCCUGCCGACAACGAGCCCCAUAUCAAUGGUGUUCUCGGAGACCCUAUUCAUACCAUCACAUUACCGACGAACCCCGAGUCAUUGGUUCUCGUCCGACACCCAGACACCACCGAGCUAUACCUUGUUCUCUCGCGGCGGGACUCUUCCUUUUUGUAUUACUACCGAGUCACGCCCACAUCAGCAGAGUCAUCGUCGUCACGAAGCAGCCAAAUCAGCUAUUCCGUCCAAGAGACUGGGCGUCAGAAUCUGGCACCCCAUUCAAACGCCUGGGUUGCAUUUACACCAUCAUGCCUAGCCCUCUCUCCAGCCGAUCCCACCCUCCUUGCUGUUGCGACCUCACAUCUUCCUCACAUGAAGCUACUGAUCGUGCGGCUAUUGUUCCCUACGACUACGAGCGACCCGCUGCCAGUGUCUCAGACACAAGCAUCACAGGCACGAGCGGAAUUGGCGGUACAAGACAAGGAGGACCGUGCGAUCAAACUCCAGGUUUCCACCAUGUCACCGCAGACACCGUACUCAACCCCGCAGGUGGUCUGGCGACCUGGCGGGAAUGGUGUUUUCGUCAAUGCCGACGAUGGGGUCAUUCGUGGAGUUGACACCCAGAGUGGCAAAGUGGUAAGUCUGUUGAAGGCGCAUGAAGUGGGCAGCAAGAUCCGAACGCUUCAUGCUGCUUUUGAGACUGGCGAGCAUGGCAAGAGGGAGAUCUUGGUCAGUGGUGGAUUCGACAAGAAGGUCUUUGUAUGGAGAGUCUAGGAUCAUAAUGGAACUGAGUCUACACAAGGUGGGAAUAAGACGUUAGAAACAUAGACAUGCCAUGCGUUAUAGGUAGAUGUGCCUGCGGAGGGAGCCAUACCAAGGAUUACCUAACACGAUGAGAUAAUGAUAGCGUAAGUACGGAGUAUGCAUUCAAGACAUCCAAGCUAGUA